CCCCACGCAGUUCCUGCUCACUGGCGUCAAGCGUACUCCCUCAUCCAUGAAAUGCGGUACACGCCUUCCGGGUGUGCCCGAGAUGCCCCAGUCGAUACAAUGGGGUGUGACAUUGCCGGUGAAGCUGAAGACGAAGACAAGACCAAACGCUUCUCGAUCCUCAUCUCGCUCAUGCUCUCUUCCCAAACCAAAGACCUCGUCACCCACACCGCCGUCUCCGCCCUGCGUUCUGCGUUGCGCAGUGCUCUCGGGUCACCCGGGCUCACCGCCUCCGCUCUAGCCUCCGCUUCUCCGUCUCUCGUCCAAGGGUGCAUAAACAAAGUUGGUUUCUGGCGCCGCAAGGCAGGGUACAUCCAGAAAACUGCGGUGAUUUGUCGGGAUCGGUAUGGUGGGGAUGUACCAAAGACGCUAAAGGAGUUGUUGGAGUUGCCUGGGGUAGGAAAGAAGAUGGGGUAUUUGAUGUUGGGGUCUGGGUGGGGGUUGAACGUAGGAAUCGGAGUCGAUGUUCACGUUCAUCGUAUCUCCAAUCGUUUGGGAUGGCACGAUCCACCGACCAAGACUCCUGAACAAACCAGAAUCAACCUCGAAUCAUGGCUUCCCCGCGAUCUACACCAGAAAAUCAAUCAUCUCUUAGUAGGUUUCGGUCAGACAAUAUGCACCCCUGUCAAACCUAAAUGCUCAGAAUGCUCUUUGAGCAGUAUCGAGGGACUUUGUCCGAGUUCU